AUGCUAAACCUCGUAUUCCUCUCCCUAACUAUCACCAUUUGUCUCUCCAUUUUCCAUGUACAAUCCCUCACUUCAUCCUCAGACAUUCAAGCUCUCAAAGCCUUCAAAGCCUCAAUCAAACCCUCUUCAAUCCCACCCUCCUCAUGCAUAUCUUCAUGGAACUUCACCAUUGAUCCAUGCUCUCUCCCUCGCCGCAUUUACUUCCUCUGCGGAUUCACCUGCACCACCGAUUCCACACACAUCAACCAAAUCACACUCGACCCUGCAAGUUACUCAGGUUCACUCACUCCACUCAUCUCUCAACUCACACAACUCAUCACACUAGACCUCUCCGACAACAAUUUCUUUGGCUCAAUCCCAUCUUCAAUCUCUUCCCUCGCAAAUCUCAAAACCUUAACCCUCCGAUCCAACUCCUUCUCCGGAUCAAUCCCUCUCUCAAUAACCAAACUCAAAUCUCUCCAAUCUCUAGAUUUCUCACAUAACUCCCUAUCUGGGCCUAUCCCAAACUCGAUAAAUUCCCUUGCAACCAUUCGCAGAAUCGAUUUAAGCUUCAAUAAACUAACCGGCUCAAUCCCGAAACUACCUUCAAACUUACUCGAACUCGCAAUCAAGAACAACUCUUUAUCCGGGCCACUUCAAAAAACAACGUUCGACGGAUCAAACGAACUAGCAGUAGUGGAACUCAGCGAGAAUUCACUCACCGGAACAAUCGAAUCAUGGUUCUUGCUUCUACCCUCUCUGCAGCAAGUGAAUUUAGCCAACAACAGCUUCACAGCGAUUCAGAUCUCAAAACCAGCUCACCCUGAAGAAAGCAACCUCGUGGCAUUGAACCUCGGAUUUAACAAAAUCCAAGGUUCCGCGCCCGCGAAUCUCGCUGCAUAUCCUAUGCUGUCGUUUUUGUCGAUUCGUUAUAAUUCUUUACGUGGGAAUAUACCAUUGGAGUACGGAGAGGUCAAGUCUAUUAAGAGGUUGUUCUUGGACGGGAACUUCUUCGUCGGGAAUCCGCCGCCGGGGUUGUUGGCCGCCGGAGCUACGGUUUCCGGUAGCUUGGGGGAUAAUUGUCUACAGGGGUGUCCAGUUUCUUCGAAAAUGUGUACGCCAGCACAGAAACCCAGUUCUGUUUGCAAACGUGGAAGAUCAUAG